AUGUCUCAGAUGUUUGUUAACAGGAAGAGAAAGAUUAGGAAAAAGGCUGGCAAACCAGCAAUGAGAGAAGAAGUGUACUAUGAGAAGAAGUCAGGACAAGCCUAUUGUGACAUGGAGACUGAUGGUGGUGGAUGGACUGUCUUUCAAAGAAGAAUGGAUGGUUCUGUUAACUUCUAUCUCAACUGGACUGAUUAUGUUCAUGGUUUUGGUAACUUAUCAGGAGAACAUUGGUUAGGACUAGUAAACUCCAUCGACGAUGACAAUGAUCAAUAUGGUGGUAAUUGUGCUGUUAUAAGAAUUGGUGCAUGGUGGUACAGAGCAUGUUCAUAUUCAAACUUAAAUGGAAACUAUGGUGAUGUUCGAACGUGCCAAAGGAGUUUAUUGGGUUGGCUUUAG